CGAACACGCUGCAAAACGAUGCACAGCCCAGCGCGCCGGCGGCGGCAGCUCCCGCGGAAUCGCAUCGUGCGUAGCAUUGGCCUGACGGUGCUGUGGGUAGUUCUGACGUCUGCGUCUUCGGACACCUGCGCUUCAGACGGCCUGUGCUCCCUGCCACGAGUCCAGGGGUCAUUGAUCGCAGGCCGUGGCAUGACGUUUUGCAAUCUCUGCAUGGAUGUUCUCCGCGAAGGCUCCGUCGUUUCCGUGUGGGAAUCGCACCACAAUCCAACUGCAUAUUACGUCGUUGGAGAAAUCGUGUACGCAGUGCCCAACACCGCCGUGGACGAUCUAUACAAUGCUCAUCAAGUCGAAGGCCGGCUCGUCCUGGUCGAUCGGGGAAGCAUUGCCAUCUUCGACAAGGCAAAACGCGUUCAAGAGGCAGGCGGCGCAGCCAUGGUCGUGGUGGACUCUGGCGAGUGCAGCGCCAACUUUGCAUGCGGAGUGCUCGGUUCGCCCCAUCAGAAUGCGUUCCUGGAGCAAGACGAAUGGGACAAGUGGCGGCACAUGACCAUACCUGUCGUUCUCAUUCACCGCGAUGAUGGCGACCGAAUCAAAGCCGCGAUGGACCUCAUGCAAGUCGACAUGCCCGAUCUAGGGCCGCAGUAUGUUCGUCGCGAAUGAAUUGCUACAUGGUGUUCAUGUACCCACUCGCGCCAA